AUGCCCAAUGUUCUACACAUACUCACCUUCAGAGUUGACCUAAACGCACUUCAGGUUUUUUACGGGCACCCAAAAACCCAAGCCCUGGAAGAUGCUGCCUUGCUGUUUGCAGGAUCGGUGUUCACCUCACAGCUGCACAACCUCAGCACUUCCCCCCAACGCUUCAACUCAGAAGGAAGCAGUGUCACCCACCCUCCAACAGCAUUUUCACAAUACGGAAAAGAGAAUGGAAAUACUUCUUCACAAUAUGGAAAAGAAACUGAACAGCGCAUUCAGAAAAGCGGAGAGGCGGUCCAAACGGCCGUGCAGACGGAUCAAGGCAUGACUUGA